AUGGUCACGUACGUGUACGCAUUUGUUUGGUUCGAGUCGCUCAUGGUGUACCUGACUUUAGCCUACAAGUUCGGAAUGGAUUACAGCUAUCUGACGGACUAUAUCUCGAAUAAUUACAUCGACUAUUUCUAUUAUAACAAGUUAAACACAUUGCGCUACGGCGCCAUUUUCUUGACGGUAAUCAGCACGAAGGGCUACGGGACGUGCUUGAUAAAUAUGGUGCUCGUCGUCUAUCUACUGAUAGACGUGUUUAAGAGAUCGCCUUCGGACGAGGUAAGUCCACGAGAAGGACGCAAGUCCAGAGGAAAUCUAUAA